AUGCCUAACUACUCCGUUAUCGAGACAACUCUGGCUUCUAUAGCCGCAAGCUCGCCAACGAUUGAGCUUCUUCGUGAUCUACACAAGCAAGCCCUCGACGAGCCAGCCUACGUCAGUACAGAUGGGCCUGCGUCUACCGCUCUUGACAAGUUUGUCGCUCUGGAUCCUGACAAGUGCGCAUUCGUCUAUCUCCUACUUCGAUCUAUGAAGGCACGCUUUGUCGUCGAGGCAGGAACAUCGUUUGGUGUCAGUACUAUCUAUCUCGCUCUAGCAGUUGCACAAAACUCUGGUUCGCAGCCAGGAAAGGUCAUUGCUACAGAGAAUGAGCCUACCAAGGCUGCCCGGGCUCGCGAAUACUGGGGUCGAGCGGGUGAUGAUAUCGAAAAGUUUAUUGAAUUACGAGAGGGUGAUUUGCGCGAGACUCUCGAGACAGAUUUGCCGGAGCAGGUAGAUUUCUUGCUUCUUGACAUUUGGACUCCGCUGGCUCUCCCUACGCUCAAGCUGGUUCAGCCGCGUAUGCAACCAGGUGCUGCAGUGGUUGUAGAUAACACUGAUGCCGCCAAGUCGGGUUAUAAGGAGCUCAUGGCCUAUUUGGAGGAUGGUGCGAACGGUUUCAAGAUCUCGACUGUUCCAUACUCUGGAGGCCUUUUGGUGGCAGUUUAUGUCGGCAACUAA